AUGUACAGAAACUGCCCUCACGAAAAGAAAAAUUACCACCACUACAAAAAUUCACUUGCCAUAGUUCCUGAUCUGAUUCAGCAUUCUGGUUGCCUAGAUACAGAUGUAAACAAAAGCGCCUCCCUGACUGCUGAGGAACAGCCGGAUGCACCUGAUGGCCCCCUUCCUGGCCCAGCCAGUGACCAAGAAAAGAAGGUAAGAUUAUCUCCAGCCAAAAUGUCAACCAGGAAUUCCACAGAUCUGGUUGAAUUUGGUGACAAGAGUCAUUCUUUUCUUCCUGUUAUUCGGAACACCCAGAAAAGUGAGCUAGAAAACAGAAUGAACAACCAGGAGCGCACCAUAGCCUUCCUGCUGGAACAAGCCUUCCGCAUCAAGGAGGACAUCUCUGCUUGUCUUCAAGGGACCCAUGGCUUUCGAAAAGAGGAGUCACUUGCCAGGAAGCUACUGGAAAGUCAUAUCCAGACCAUUACCAGCAUCGUCAAAAAACUCAGCCAAAACAUUGAGGUUUUAGAAGAACAAAUAAGAGUCCGAGACCAGGUAGCCACAGGAAAUAAUUCUAGAGUACAGGAGCUAAACAUAAAACACCAACAAGGAGUUGGAGAUCUUCGAGGAAGAGUAGCCAGAUGCGAUUCAAGCAUCGUGAAGCUUUCUGGAGACAUUCACUUCAUCCGGCACGAAUACCGGCAGACUGAGAAAGCAAUGCAAGAGCUCAUGUCUGCCUUUGAAACUGUUUCUAAGAACUUGGAUAUGAAGGUAAUGCAGCUCUUAGGAAAGAUAGAGGCUUCCACUUCCGAGCAAACCUCAAAUUUAAAGGUUGUCCAGGGGGAUUAUCGCCACGAAAUGAACCUUUUGGAGUUCAAAUUUAAUUCGCUUUCAAACAAUGUCUAUGAAGAAUUUGAGAACCACCAAAAACGGACAGAAAAUCAGUUCAUCAAAUACGAAAAAGACCACCUCAGCCAUGUAAAUCAAAGUCUGAAGGUCCUACAGGAGAAACUGGAAAAGUCUGAAAUUAAAGUGGAAGAAAAAAUGUUGCAGCUUUCAAGCAAAUUAGAGAAUUUCAUUAACAUGCAGAAACAGGAAGCAGAACUGAAUAAAGUAAAGAAUGUAGAAAAUAAACUGUCCAGAAAGAUGAACCAACUGGAAAAGCAGAUGUGGAGUGAAUUAGAGAAAAUGCAGAAUGAAUAUCAAUCAGGAUUUCAAUCGAUUCAUGACUCUCUCAGCUCCCUCCAAGAAAUACAGAAAGCAAAGAUGCAAUUAGAGAAAUAUAAGGUCCAGAAAGACCUAAAGAAGUUACAACGCAAGAUAAUGGAACUCCAGGAAGUAUAAAACUUUCCAGUCAUCUGCUCUUUCACCAGCCAAUGGAGUGGGUUUAUGUGAAACACUGGGAAGAAGAAAGUAAUGUCUCUAGGAUAUUUACUGCCUCUAAUGUCUCUGUAUUUCUUACUACCUUUUAAGGAGAUCAAUGUAACAGAAAACCCAAUAAAGCAAAGAAGACUUAU